AUGGAGAAUAAUGUUACGUUGCGUGGUAAGGGUGAAGCACGAACGAUCGUGUUCUCCCCUUCGGGAAGCGCGGAGACAAGUCACCCUGAUGAUCUUAUCAUUGGGGCGCUGAGCGAUAUGGAGCUAAUGGAUCAGUCGGAGGGAGCACUAGCGGCUGAUGGAGCUGAUGGUGACGAUGGUGAUGACCUGCUAGAGCUUGAUCUUAUGGUUUUGGAGGAGAGUAAAUCCCAGCCGAGGCCUAUCGAAGACUCGGGACGUAGCUCCUUGAGGGCUACAAGAAGUAAGAAGCCAGGCGUAAGGAGCAAUACCCCUUUGGGUAUCAAAAAUAGGAAGUUUGAGGUCCUUCGUAGGGGAUCUCCAAGUAAGCAUUCGAUGGCUACAGAGUUCCCUUUCACGGGUGACAUGCUCUCAUGGGUAGGCAAGCGAGCAGGAGGGUCUACAGUUAGAUGUCGCUUGGACAGGGCGGUAGGAAAUGCGGAUUGGCAUGAGAAGUUUCCCCAUUCGAGUAUAAAGUAUAUGAGGCUGUGGGGAUCGGACCAUCGUCCGAUUCUUGCAGAUAUACUGAGAUGGCUAGAUAACGAGGAGCUCAGGCAAGUCAUCCUGAAGGGAUGGAAAUCGCCUGAUCUCCCUCCAGAUGCGUCUAUUAUGGAACAUAUUUCAAGCUGUCGAAAGGCUCUGGGAGAAUGGAGGAGACAACAUAAUAUUAAUUCUGCGAAAUUAGUGGAGGAGCUUAAAGAAAAAGUGGAGGCCAUGUAUGCGGAUAACAAUGCCACAACUGAGGAAAUUGCAGCGGCUUUGAAGGAACUCUCUGAGGCUCUUAAGGCCGAGGAGAUGUUCUGGAAGCAGAAGAGUCGGGACAUUGGAGAGGCACUAACUCAAGUUCCUACGACAAUCACUGGGGCAAUGAAUGAAAGCCUUACAGCUCCGGUAACGGAAUGGGAGGUCAAAUUAGCACUUUUUGCUAUGCACCCAGAAAAGGCCCCAGGCCCAGAUGGGAUGACUGCGCUAUUCUAUCAGAAAUUUUGGGAUAUUGUAAAGGAGGAUUUGACUCUUAUGGUCAAUAAAUUCCUUGUCGAGGGAACAGUGGUGAAUGGAUUAAAUGAUACGAAUAUAUGUCUCAUCCCGAAAACGACCAAGCCUAAUGAUAUGGCUCAGUUCCGACCCAUAAGUCUGUGUAAUGUCAGCUAUAAGAUAAUCUCGAAGGUCUUAUGCCAGAGAUUAAAGAAAGUGCUACCAGGAUUGAUUUCGGAAAGCCAGUCGGCCUUUGUUGCUGGGAGGCAUAUCUCAGACAACAUUAUGAUUGCUCAAGAAAUGUUUCACGCAUUGAGAACCAAGCCAAGUGGACGCAGUAAAAGGAUGGCCAUUAAGACGGACAUGAGCAAAGCGUAUGAUAGAAUGGAAUGGUCGUUUAUUGAAGCUGUCAUGCGUAAAAUGGGCUUCUCAGAGAUUUGGAUAACCUGGAUAAUGAGAUGCAUUACGUCGCGAGUUAAUGCAACUACCAGACAAGAGGUCAAAGAUGCACUGGGAAUACAAAAUGAAGGAGGGAUGGGAACCUACUUGGGUAUUCCAGAAGACAUAAGCGGCUCCAAGUGCAAAUUGUUUGCUUUCCUUAAGGAUAAGUUAAUGCACAGGGUAAAUGGAUGGACGGGUAGGUGGCUUUCAAAAGGAGGAAAGGAAGUAUUGAUAAAAUCGAUUUUGUUAGCUCUCCCGACUUAUGUAAUGUCUACUUUCCUGCUCCCUUUGGAAAUAUGUGAAAACUUAGCUAGUGCCAUUGCACGCUUCUGGUGGAGCUCGAAUCCCCCAAAGAGAGGAAUACACUGGGCGAAAUGGGAAAAGGUGUGUGCACCAAGAGAGGAAGGUGGGAUUGGGUUUCUUAUGAUCCAUGAGUUUAAUCUGGCAUUGUUGGCAAAACAAUUAUGGAGGUUGGUUCAGUUCCCAGAUUCAUUGGUUGCCCGGGUCUUGAGGGGAAGAUACUACAGAUUAAGUUCUCCGCUGAGAGUAAACUCUACCAAUAACCCAUCGUAUGUGUGGAAUAGCAUCUCUGCUGCAAGGAAGUUGCUACUACUAGGAAUCAGACUGAAGAUUCACUCAGGAUAUGAUGUUAAGGUGUGGGAGGAUCCGUGGAUCCCAACGAUCCCAUCAAGACCGGCGGCUCCUGUUGCGCCUGUUAUGCACCCCAACAUGAGAGUUAGCGAGCUCAUUAAUCAGACAUCGAAGGAAUGGGAUGUUCGGCUUUUGGAGAGCUAUGUCAACAUGGACGAUAUACAGCUUAUAAGGAGUUUAGCCAUAAGCUCAUCUCAUCGCCGCGACUCCUUCUGUUGGAGCUACACAAGAAACGGACAAUACACAGUUAAAUCUGGAUAUUGGGUGGCGCGGAACUUAUUAAAGGUGGAGGAGGAACAGGAGGUUUUGGAGCCAAGUAUCACCAAUCUUCAAGCUUUUGCUUGGAAGCUGAAGGCGCCUACGAAGAUACGUCAUCUUAUAUGGCAGUUGUUGACUGGGCACGUGGCAGUAACAAGGAAUUUAGCAAGACGCAAUAUGAGAUGUGAUAAUUACUGCCCGAGGUGUGGAGAAUUAGAAGAAUCUGUAACUCAUGCCAUCUUUGAAUGCCCGCCAGCGCUACAAGUUUGGAGCCUAUCAGCAACCCCAACAGGCCCAGAGGUAUUUCCAGUAUCAAGCAUCUACACGAACAUGGAUUAUCUAUUUUGGAGGAAAAACUCUAUUAUUGAGCCGGAACAAGACAGGGAUCCUUAUCCCUGGAUAAUUUGGUAUAUAUGGAAGGCUAGGAAUGAAAAACUAUUCAGGGGGAUAGAUAGAGAUCCUUUGGAGUUAGUUCGAUAUGCAGAGAGUGAAUGUCGAGCCUGGUUUGAGGCGAAUGAAGUGAUACAACCAGUGCCACAAGGAAACAAUAUGGUGAUCCCCCAAGUCAUAAGCUUGGGCAACAUAUGCCUGUUAGAUGGAUCUUGGAUAGCAUCGGCCAACUUUAGUGGAUGUGGAUGGGUGUGGAUGGACAGUAGGGGGAAGGCUCAGCUUAUGGGGUUAAAAAAUAUUACUCGACGUGAAUCAGCCUUGCACUCGGAAGUUGAAACACUACAGUGGGCAAUGGAGAAUAUGCUUCAGCAAUCAACAUGUCAGAGCUUUGGGACGGAUUGUAAGGACCUGAUUGCUAUGCUAGAGGAACCUCAUGCUUGGCCAAGCUUUGCGACAGAAUUGGAGAAGAUCGAGACGCUACGGAUAUGCUUCCCGGAGUUCAGCAUUACUCAUACAAGGGUUGAAUCCGAAACAUCUUACGGUUUGUCUAGUAGCUCGUCGGGAUCCUCCGAGUCUGACCUUUCUCGCACUCCUACUCCGUCUCCUACUAUGUCUGUGCUGAUCAAAGGCUUGGUAGACGCCUCUGUGCUUUACUCCGAUGAUGCUCGGGGAAGAGGUUGUGGGGGUCGUUCGGGGCAAAAACUUGUUACUCUAGCUCCCCAGGUUACGAACGCGUUUGGUCCUUCCUCAUUUGAUGAAACUUCUCUUUGA